AUGGGCACUAGAUCAAAAGAACUCGAGCACUCUACGUGCCCUGCCGGUGCCGGGGGAUGGCCGUCGCACUGGCCGUUGUUGAGGGACGGGGGGGACCCUCGGGCGUUCAUCAGGGCCUUCGAGAAGCUCUGGAAGGAGAACCCCGAGGUAGGCAGGCGGGCUGCAAAGUGGAGUCUUCUGUCUGAUGCCUCUGAUGUUCUGGUGCAGGAGUUCGACCUGUGGGUGCAGAGGAGCGGCGGCCUCGGCAUCCUGCUGGAGGCGGAAGCGUGGCUCGCCGACGUAAGUGACGCAUGCGAGAGCUUCUACAAUGGAAACCUCAUCCGUGGCACACUGUGUAACGCUGUUUCUCUGCUGCUGCUGUGUGUCUGGUACAGCAAAUCGCCAGGGAGGCGAGGGCGGAGGCCAAGGAGCUGGCGGCCAAGGCUGAGGAGCUGAUGGCCAAGGCCAACGAGGCCACGGCCAGGGCCGCGGAGGCGAGGGCCAUCAAGCAGGGUAACACCAUCACCGGCACCGGCACCAUGGCCCGCCCUGCUGGCCCUCACACUCCCGCCGCCUACUCGCCGCCCCAGCCCAUCUGCUACUACCACCUGCCCCCGGUCCAGCCCAAGGCGGCGGUGCUGCCCAUGGAGUUCACGGCCUGGGGGUCGGUGGCGGUGAGGGGUCCGCCUCCCGUCUCCUUCCACGAGGAGGGGUGGUACCCCCUCCUGUGGGAGUGGGACGUUCAGGAGGGGGUGUGGAGGGUGAGGGGCGCCACACAGGACUGCUGGAUGCGGUGCGUGAGCGGCUUCUGGUUCGGGCUGUGGGGGCUGGCUGGGGGGAAGUAA